GCAGUUGUACCAGGACCUGUCGCGAUAGGAGCGGAGCUUUCCCCGUUGCCGCCCACGUGCAUAGCCUUUAGGGCUCACUCGCAGUGGGAGUGGAGUCCCCAGGGCCGGACUGUCGCGAUAAGAGCGGGGUGCGCGGGGCCAGUCCCGGCAGGGCUGUUGUGACACGAGUGGGGUCGCUCAGACCAUCCCCAGCAGGGCUGUCGCGAUAGCGGGGUGCCCUAGGCCAUCCCCCCAGGGCUGUCGCGACAGCAGGGCCCCGUGCGCGGUGCCCGUGGUCCCGGGAUGGAGCCCGGGCUGGAUCCCGGCGCGGCUCUCCCGGCCCUGCAGCGGGAGCUGCGGGCGGCGCUGGCCGAGGACGAGCGGAGGCAGCGGGAGGGCGAGGCCAAGCUGAGGGCGCUGCGACAGCGCGUCCCCGACUAUCGCGACUUCAGGAACAUCGUGCUGGCCUCACACCUGAAGCCCCUGGAGAAGAAGGACAGGCUGGGGCAGAGGAGGAAUGUGCUGUGGAAUCCCUGUGCAGCCCCAGCCAAGGCACUGCCUGCCCACACUGAGGAGAUCCCACAGGAGCUGGCUCAGCUGCCGGGAACGGCCGCAGAAUUCCACAGGGAUUGGCGCCGGUGCCUGAGGAGCGGCACGGAGCGGUACCAGUUCCUGCUGGAGCUGGGAGGGGACGCCUUGGGCAGGAUCUUCCGGGCUGACGUGGGCUUUGGGCUCCUGGGGGAAUUCCUGAGGGUGCUGGCGGAGAACUUCCAGCCUGCCGACAGGAAUGCCGUGCUGGGCGUCCUGCGGGGCCUGGCGGGCACCGGGCGCCUGGGGCUGAACCUGGAGCUGCUGAGCCAGGAGGAGAAGGAGAGCGGCAGGGAAUUGUUCAGGAAGCUGCAGGGCCUGAGCAGGGAGGGCUGGGCUGCUGGAGAGCCGGGCCAGGAGGCAGGGAGGGAACCCCAGCCCGUGGACACCCCCUUGGAAAAGGAAGGCGAGGAGGAAAGGGCGGUGGUGGAGCUGAUGAAGCAUUUCCAGCUCAGCUGAGGGGGCAAGAGAGGCUCAGAAGAGACAGGAUCCCUCCCUGAGGCCUGGCUUUGGGAAUCAAACAUGGGCUUCAUCAUCAUCAUCAUCAUAUCUUCAUCCUCACCCCCCUGGGCUGCCGCUGCUGGUGGGCACUCAGGAACCCGCCCAGGCUGGAGCAUCCCCCACAGGGCACUUGGAUCAUCCUCCCUUUGGAAAUUUCCAAUGCUCUGGCCACCAGCAAUCGAUCUCUGCCAGGCCCUGCUCACCCUCCCCUCGGGCAAGAGCAGGACUGAUGUGGGAAACUCCUUGUUUUGGGACAGCUUAGUGGGGACAGGCGGGAUUUCACACCGCGAGGAUUUGUUCCAGGUGGGAUUUCACGCCGCCAGGAUUUGUUCCUGGCGGGAUUUCACAGUGCCAGGAUGUAUUC